ACAAAGGUGUUGUAUAUUCCUCUACACUGUGAAAAAAUUUCUGUAUUUUUUUUUAUAACUGUUUUCCGCUCUGUCUCUCUUUUCUGGGGACCAUGAACGGUGACUACGAUGCCAUUAUAUUAGGAACUGGCCUGAAAGAGUGUAUUUUGAGCGGUCUUUUAGCUCUGAACGGCCGAAAAAUACUCCAUUUGGAUCGACGAGAAUAUUAUGGGGGUGAUAGCGCUUCUGUGAAUUUGGCCAAACUUUACGAGCUGGCGGGAAAAAGCGAGGGUUUCACUCAGAUCGGAAGGGUGAGGGAGUGGAAUAUAGAUUUGAUACCGAAAUUCAUCCUCGCGAAUGGAAUUUUGGUGAAACUUCUAAUGUACACGGGUGUAACAAAUUAUAUGAAUUUUAAAUUAGUCGAAGGCAGUUAUGUAUAUAAGAGCGGUCAACUGUAUAAAGUUCCUUCUAAUGAAGCCGAGGCUUUAAGUUCCAGUCUGAUGGGGUUCUUCCAAAAGCGACGGUUUCGCACCUUUUUGGAGUUUGUGUCGGCCUUUGAUUUUGCCAACCCAAAAACCUGGGGGGAAGUCCUGCCCGACUCUACGACAAUGGCUGAGGUUUAUGAGAACUUUGGUCUUGAUCAGAAUACAAUUGAUUUUACAGGACAUGCAUUAGCAUUGUACUUAGAUGAUGACUACCUAAACAAACCAUGUGCUGAGACCAUUAAAAGAAUUAACUUGUACCGUGAUUCAAUUGCAAAGUAUGGUAAAAGUCCAUAUAUAUACCCUGUGUAUGGCCUGGGUGAGUUACCCCAAGGUUUUUCACGACUGGCUGCAUUACACGGUGGAGUGUUCAUGGUGAAUAAGCCAGUCGAUGAGGUCAUUAUGGAAGCCGGUGAGGCUGUGGGAAUUUCAUCUGGAGGGGAGAUUGCAAAAGCCAAGUGCAUUGUGGGUGACCCUUCAUAUUUUCCCGACUCUGUUUCAAAGAUUGGCCAGGUUAUCCGAUGUAUUUGUGUGCUGUCUCACGGUAUAGCAGGAACUGAUGAAUCACUGUCAUGUCAAAUCAUUUUCCCCCAAAAUCAACUUAAAAGAAAGUCAGAUAUUUACAUUUGCCUUGUAUCUGAUACUCACAAGGUCGCAGCCAAAGGCAAAUACCUUGCAAUGAUCAGCACAACGGUUGAGUCAUUAAAUCCUGAAGAGGAACUCAAACCUGCACUAGAUCUGUUAGGUGAAAUUGAUGAAAAGUUUGUGUUCAUCACAGAUCUCUAUGAACCUAAUGAUGAUGGUAUAAACAGUAAGAUUUUCAUAUCCAAAUCUUAUGACCCAACAACACAUUUUGAAACAACAUGUACAGAUAUCAUAUCCCUUUAUGAGAGGAUCACGGGAGAAAAGUUUGACUUAAAUUCUGUCAAACGAGAAGUGACAGAUGAGGAAUAAUUGAAUUUUUUCUGUGAUAUAUUUAGUUUUUACCAAAGACAACAUAUGAACAUAACUCCAGUUCAGA